AUGAAAGAUGAAAUAAUAAGAUUGACAAAGUUAGUAAAACAAUACAAAGAACAUGUUCUUGAACUAGAAAAAAGAAACUUUCAACUUGAAAAGAAUAAAAAGUUAAUCAAAGAAAUACUAUAUGACUAUUCUGAUAAACAGACAGAAUUGAAAAAGAUUUGCAAGAAUAA